AUGUGGCGCGUUCUGACUGUGCUCAAGAGUGAGUGGGCCCUUUUCCUCAUGUGGCGCGUGCUGACUGUGCUCAAGAGUGAGUGGGCCCUGUUCCUCAUGUGGCGCGUGCUGACGGCGCUCAAGAGUGAGUGGGCCCUGUUCCUCAUGUGGCGCGUGCUGACGGCGCUCAAGAGUGAGUGGGCCCUGUUCCUCAUGUGGCGCGUGCUGACGGCGCUCAAGAGUGAGUGGGCCCUGUUCCUCAUGUGGCGCGUGCUGACGGCGCUCAAGAGUGAGUGGGCCCUGUUCCUCAUGUGGCGCGUGCUGACGGCGCUCAAGAGUGAGUGGGCCCUGUUCCUCAUGUGGCGCGUGCUGACGGCGCUCAAGAGUGAGUGGGCCCUGUUCCUCAUGUGGCGCGUGCUGACGGCGCUCAAGAGUGAGUGGGCCCUGUUCCUCAUGUGGCGCGUGCUGACGGCGCUCAAGAGUGAGUGGGCCCUGUUCCUCAUGUGGCGCGUGCUGACGGCGCUCAAGAGUGAGUGGGCCCUGUUCCUCAUGUGGCGCGUGCUGACGGCGCUCAAGAGUGAGUGGGCCCUGUUCCUCAUGUGGCGCGUGCUGACGGCGCUCAAGAGUGAGUGGGCCCUGUUCCUCAUGUGGCGCGUGCUGACGGCGCUCAAGAGUGAGUGGGCCCUGUUCCUCAUGUGGCGCGUGCUGACGGCGCUCAAGAGUGAGUGGGCCCUGUUCCUCAUGUGGCGCGUGCUGACGGCGCUCAAGAGUGAGUGGGCCCUGUUCCUCAUGUGGCGCGUGCUGACGGCGCUCAAGAGUGAGUGGGCCCUGUUCCUCAUGUGGCGCGUGCUGACGGCGCUCAAGAGUGAGUGGGCCCUGUUCCUCAUGUGGCGCGUGCUGACGGCGCUCAAGAGUGAGUGGGCCCUGUUCCUCAUGUGGCGCGUGCUGACGGCGCUCAAGAGUGAGUGGGCCCUGUUCCUCAUGUGGCGCGUGCUGACGGCGCUCAAGAGUGAGUGGGCCCUGUUCCUCAUGUGGCGCGUGCUGACGGCGCUCAAGAGUGAGUGGGCCCUGUUCCUCAUGUGGCGCGUGCUGACGGCGCUCAAGAGUGAGUGGGCCCUGUUCCUCAUGUGGCGCGUGCUGACGGCGCUCAAGAGUGAGUGGGCCCUGUUCCUCAUGUGGCGCGUGCUGACGGCGCUCAAGAGUGAGUGGGCCCUGUUCCUCAUGUGGCGCGUGCUGACGGCGCUCAAGAGUGAGUGGGCCCUGUUCCUCAUGUGGCGCGUGCUGACGGCGCUCAAGAGUGAGUGGGCCCUGUUCCUCAUGUGGCGCGUGCUGACGGCGCUCAAGAGUGAGUGGGCCCUGUUCCUCAUGUGGCGCGUGCUGACGGCGCUCAAGAGUGAGUGGGCCCUGUUCCUCAUGUGGCGCGUGCUGACGGCGCUCAAGAGUGAGUGGGCCCUGUUCCUCAUGUGGCGCGUGCUGACGGCGCUCAAGAGUGAGUGGGCCCUGUUCCUCAUGUGGCGCGUGCUGACGGCGCUCAAGAGUGAGUGGGCCCUGUUCCUCAUGUGGCGCGUGCUGACGGCGCUCAAGAGUGAGUGGGCCCUGUUCCUCAUGUGGCGCGUGCUGACGGCGCUCAAGAGUGAGUGGGCCCUGUUCCUCAUGUGGCGCGUGCUGACGGCGCUCAAGAGUGAGUGGGCCCUGUUCCUCAUGUGGCGCGUGCUGACGGCGCUCGUCAUUCAACUCGGUCUUCUAUCCCCUCCCCUCUCCCAUUUGGCCCCUUACUUCUCCCCCCCUCCCCUCUCAGAAAUCCACGAGCCCAAGGGCAUAGCCGUGCCGCAUCCGUUACAGCUGUCUGUGCACUCUCCCCCCCCCCCUCCCUCCCCUCCCUUCUCCCCCUCACCUCUCCCCCUCUCCUCUCCCCCUCUCCUCUCCCCCUCUCCUCUCCCCCUCUCCUCUCCCCCGACCCGUACGCUCUUCAACCAAGCCUCUCUUUAUUUGACCCCUCCUCAACUUGCACCCCCGCCCACACCUACCCACCCCUCCUACAGAAAUCCACGAGCCCAAGGGCAUAGCUGUACCACACCCUCUGCAAUGUGUGUGCACGUGGUGGCGCAGCGACCCAUACACUCUUCUCACAACCCCCUUCCUCCCUCUCACGCCCCUCCAACAGAGAUUCACGAGCCCAAGGGCAUAGCCGUCCCGCACCCUCUGCAAUGUGUGUGCACGCGGUGGCGCAGCGACCCGUACGCGGGGGGCUCGCACUCUCAUGUGCGCGUGGCGACCCUCCCCUCCGGGCCCUCCCCACCCUUCCCUCCAACAGAGAUUCACGAGCCCAAGGGCAUAGCUGUACCACACCCUCUGCAGUGUGUGUGCACGCGGUGGCGCAGCGACCCGUAUGCGGGGGGCUCGUACUCGUACGUGCGCGUGGCAGCCUCGGGGGAUGAUUACGAUACACUGGCAGAGAGCGUGGACGAGCGGCUCUUCUUUGCUGGCGAGGCCACGAGUCGUCACUACCCCGCCACCAUGCACGGAGCCUGUUUCAGCGGCCUUAGAGAAGCAGCCAAGAUCAACCAAGUCGCCACGGCUGCCGAAGCUGCCCGGGCAGCUAAAGCAGCGCGGGAUACUCAAACCGCACCUGCUGGCACCACCACAGGGCAAAGCACACCCAUGAGCACAAGCAUGGGGGCAGAAGCAACAUCGCCAGCAGCAGCAGGAGCAGCAGCAACUCCAGCGGUGGGCAUGGGCAUGCAGAUGGCGGUGUGUCUGCUGGAUGCUCUGUUCAGCGAUCCUGACCUCGAGUUUGGUGCCUUUGCUGUUCUCUUUGACCCCCGCGGCUGCCAGCCUGACCGCGCUGCUGUGCUGCGCAUCACACUUAGGAAGGAUGCCUUCUUGCUAAGGCUACCCGCUGCUCCUGCUGCUGCUGCUACUGCUGCUUCUGUCCCUGCUGCUGCUGCUGCUGCCUCUCCAGCAAGAGUGAGUGAAGAUGCAGCAGCAGUAGCUGCAGCGAAGGAAGCAGCAGGGAGGCGAAAGGCAGAGGCUGCGAGAGAAUGGGGUCCUGCAGUGAACACUCCCGUGUCACAAACCCAUGUGGAGAAAAAUGAGAGUCAAUCAAGCCAUCCAUUAAAGGAAGCAGAAAAUAAGCCAUCUAGCACUACUCUACCUCCCCCACCGGCUGCUGCUGCAGCCAACACCACAUGGCCCCUUCCCCAGAUGACCCUGCACACAGUUGUCACCCGCCACCAGGCCUUGCUGCUCCGGGAGGUUCGGGGGAGUGAUGCGGCUCGGCUGGCGAUCCUGACGAGCAGGUUCGGGGUGAAGCUGGUGGGGAGGCGCGGGCUGGGGCAGAUGGGGGAGGAGGUGUUAGAGGCAAUGAGGGAGGAGGUGGUGGACGCAGUGAGGCAGAUGGGGGAGGAGGUGCUGGAAGCUGUGAGGGAGGCGAGACCUGCUAGCAGGGAGGAGGCUUGGUGUGAUUCGACCUCGUUCGAGGAGGAGUUUGGCUUGCGGUAUGGGCUCAUGCGGGAGGAAUGGUCUGUGGCCGCAAUGGCUCACGUGGCGGCAGGCGAAGGCACGGAUCGCCUGAACGGCCAUGUGCAAGUGAGCAGCGCGCGCAACAAUGUGGCUUUUGAGGCGCCUCAAAAGGCAGGCGAAGGCACGAAUCCCCGGAACGCCCAUGUGCAAGUGAGCAGCGCGGGCUCCACUGUGGCGGCGAGGAGGAGCAUCAAAAGCGAUGGCACGACAGCAGGAAGCAAGAACUUGAGCAUGGGAGUGGGGUUGGGUGUGGGGUUGGGGGUGAGGGUGGCGGGCAGUGGCGGCACAGGCGGAGCAGUGGGCGCGAGCGUGCAGGUGGCGACGCAGAUCACGGUGCCAGGCGUCAGCCUGCCCGUCAGCUUCGACGCCCUCCGCUGCUUCACCCUUCCCCGCGCAGCGGCUAAGGCGGCGCGGGACGUGCAGGUGUGGUGGCAUGGGCUGGCGGGUAACAGCAAGGGCGGCAGCAAGGGUGCGGCGUGCAAGCAGCUGCGGUUCUUUGCCAACCCCGCCUGCAAGGGCAAGGCGCUGGAUGAGGUGCUCAAGCCGCAAUACGCCGGCCUGCGCAAAUUCUUCCACGUGCCCAGGUGGGUGUUGGGGCAGCCUGGCAGGUGGGUGGGUCAUGGGGCAAGAAGAAGGUCGCCCGAUGGACUUCUGUUGCUUGCCAGCCUGGUGCGUGCCUUGCCUCCAUGCCUCCAUGCCACCUUGCCAUCAUGCCACCUUGCCUCCAUGCCUCCAUGCCACCUUGCCAUCAUGCCACCUUGCCUCCAUGCCUCCAUGCCACCUUGCCAUCAUGCCACCUUGCCUCCAUGCCUCCAUGCCACCUUGCCAUCAUGCCACCUUGCCUCCAUGCCUCCUUGCCACCUUGCCAUCAUGCCACCUUGCCUCCAUGCCUCCAUGCCACCUUGCCAUCAUGCCACCUUGCCUCCAUACCUCCAUGCCACCUUGCCAUCAUGCCACCUUGCCUCCAUGCCUCCAUGCCACCUUGCCAUCAUGCCACCUUGCCUCCAUGCCUCCAUGCCACCUUGCCAUCAUGCCACCUUGCCUCCAUGCCUCCAUGCCACCUUGCCAUCAUGCCACCUUGCCUCCAUGCCUCCAUGCCACCUUGCCAUCAUGCCACCUUGCCUCCAUGCCUCCUUGCCACCUUGCCAUCAUGCCACCUUGCCUCCAUGCCUCCAUGCCACCUUGCCAUCAUGCCACCUUGCCUCCAUACCUCCAUGCCACCUUGCCAUCAUGCCACCUUGCCUCCAUGCCUCCAUGCCACCUUGCCAUCAUGCCACCUUGCCUCCAUGCCUCCUUGCCACCUUGCCAUCAUGCCACCUUGCCUCCAUGCCUCCUUGCCACCUUGCCAUCAUGCCACCUUGCCUCCAUGCCUCCAUGCCACCUUGCCAUCAUACCACCUUGCCUCCAUGCCUCCAUGCCACCUUGCCAUCAUGCCACCUUGCCUCCAUGCCUCCUUGCCACCUUGCCAUCAUGCCACCUUGCCUCCAUGCCUCCAUGCCACCUUGCCAUCAUGCCACCUUGCCUCCAUGCCUCCAUGCCACCUUGCCAUCAUGCCACCUUGCCUCCAUGCCUCCAUGCCACCUUGCCAUCAUGUCACCUUGCCUCCAUGCCUCCUUGCCACCUUGCCAUCAUGCCACCUUGCCUCCAUGCCUCCUUGCCACCUUGCCAUCAUGCCACCUUGCCUCCAUGCCUCCUUGCCACCUUGCCAUCAUGCCACCUUGCCUCCAUGCCUCCUUGCCACCUUGCCAUCAUGCCUCCAUGCCUCCAUGCCUCCAUGCCUCCAUGCCUCCAUGCCUCCAUGCCACCUUUCCAUCAUGCCUCCAUGCCUCCUUGCCACCGUGCCCCCUUGCCUCCCUUCCUCCAUGCCACCUUGCCAUCACGCCACCUUGCCUCCUUUCCUGCAUGCUACCUUGCCACAUGCUGCACACAUCUCUUGCACCUCCUCUAUGA